GGGAUGAGGUGAAAGGUGAGAGGUCGCCUAGCGGCGGCGGCGGCUCAACGCGGAGGAGAUGGCGGCUGGGCCUAUCUCGGAGCGGAACCAGGAUGCCACCGUCUACGUCGGCGGCCUGGAUGAGAAGGUCAGCGAGCCACUGCUGUGGGAGCUCUUCCUCCAGGCUGGCCCCGUGGUCAAUACGCACAUGCCCAAAGACCGGGUCACGGGCCAGCACCAAGGCUACGGCUUUGUGGAGUUCCUCAGUGAGGAGGAUGCCGACUACGCCAUCAAGAUCAUGAACAUGAUCAAGCUGUAUGGGAAGCCCAUCCGGGUGAACAAGGCCUCGGCACACAACAAGAACCUGGAUGUGGGCGCCAACAUCUUCAUCGGCAAUCUGGACCCAGAGAUCGACGAGAAGCUGCUGUACGACACCUUCAGCGCCUUCGGCGUCAUCCUGCAGACACCCAAGAUCAUGCGGGACCCUGACACAGGCAACUCCAAGGGCUACGCCUUCAUCAACUUCGCCAGCUUCGACGCCUCGGAUGCUGCCAUCGAGGCCAUGAACGGGCAGUACCUCUGCAACCGCCCCAUCACUGUCUCCUAUGCCUUCAAGAAGGACUCCAAGGGCGAGCGUCAUGGAUCAGCAGCUGAGCGCCUCCUCGCUGCCCAAAACCCUCUCUCGCAGGCUGACCGGCCCCAUCAGCUGUUUGCAGAUGCCCCUCCUCCGCCAUCUGUGCCCACCCCGGUUGUCACAUCCCUGGGCCCCGGGGUCACACCACCAGGCAUCCCACCCCCUGGCUCGUUCCCCCCGCCGGUGCCACCCCCUGGAGCCAUGCCCCCAGGAAUGCCGCCUGCCAUGCCUCCUCCACCCAUGCCACCAGGCGCUGGUGCCCCUGGCCCACCAUCUGGAGCUGCACCCAGUGGAGGACACCCACCGCAUCCACAUCCCUUCCCACCGGGUGGGAUGCAUCACCCAGGGAUGCCGCCAAUGCAGGUGCAUCAUGGACCCCCUGGCAUGGGCCAGCACCACCCGGGACCCCCAGGCUCCGGUGGCCAGCCGCCACCGCGCCCACCCCCUGGCAUGCCGCACCCAGGGCCCCCACCUAUGGGCAUGCCGCCCCGUGGACCACACUUUGGGUCCCCCAUGGGUCACCCUGGCCCCAUGCCGCACCACGGGAUGCGUGGGCCGCCUCCGCUGAUGCCCCCCCACGGUUACAGCGGCCCCCCGCGGCCACCACCUUAUGGCUACCAGCGGGUCCCAAUGCCUCCGCGACCAGCUCAGAGACCCCCGGUGCCCCCACGGGGCCCCCUGCGAGGACCCCUGCCAUAGGAGGCGCUGCAUGGAGGCCUGAAGAACCUUCCUGCCACAGAUCCCUCUUCAGUCCCUGGAUCUCAGCUUGUGCACGGACCAACGUUCCCAGGCCCGGGAGCCUCAUCAGUGUCGUAUAAACCCCCCAACACCCUCCUCUCCCUUGGACCAGCCCUUAUUCUUUCUCUUCCUCGUUCUCUAGGAUUUUAAUGAGAGGGUUUUUCUAUGUAAAGCAAGCGAUCAGCCCUUUGCAAAUAAACCAACUGGGUUUCUCUCGCCAA